CAUUUGGAUGUUUAAAGUAAAUGAACAAGACGUUUCUCUUUAAUUACUUUUCUAUUAAUUAUUGUUACCUUUAAUUGUUACAUCUUAUUUAGAUUGUCUAUUGUUGUUGUUAAAGUGAAUUUGUGUCUUCCUUUCUGAUAUUUUUUGUUUGGUGGAAAAUUGUGGUUCUUUUCAACUGACAAUUGGUUUGCUUUUCUCUUCUCUUUUUUUUGUUCUUUUCUUGUUUAAAAAAAAAUGGUUGUCUCAACACCCAUUGGAUCACCUUUGAGAAGGUAUAAAAGUGUUGAUGAUUUUAAUCGUGUAAAUGCCACUUUGAAUAAAUUAUUGGAAAAGGAGAGGGCUGAACGUGAACGUAUUGAUCGAGCUGCAUUGGAAUAUUUAAGAGCGGUUAAAGAAGAUUAUGAAAACCAGAUAAUGACCUUGUCCGAAACGGUAGAAUCUCUUCGCAAGGAAUCUGAAGGUGUGUCCAAAAAAGAUCUACAAGAAGUUAAAUUUGAAUUGCGAUGUGCUCAAAGGGAUAUUAAAGAAUCAAAGUCUAGAUUGGAGUAUUUAAGGAGUGCGAAAAAGGAAAGCGCAGAAAAAUGUGAAGAAUUGGAAGCCAAACUGAAGGAAAAAGAGACAGAGAUUGAACAAUGGAAAGUCAAAUGUGAAAAUGCUUCCGCUGAUGUUAAGAAGAUAACAGAUGAGAAGACCAGUUGUGAAGAGAAAUGUUCUUCUUUGGAAAAAGAGAAAGCUGAAUUGGUUACCAUUAAUGAAAAGUUAACAUCAACCAAUAAAGUUCUGAAAGAAACUUGUGCCUCCGUUGAAACUCAGGUUUCCAAAUUUGAAAACCUUUUCAAAUGCCAAGUAGAUGUUAAAGUUAAAUUGACCGAGGAAAAAGCUAAAAUGUUGGAAAAGAUAACCAAGUUGGAACAAGAGCUUGAAUCAAUAACUAAUAAAUACCAAAGCCAAGUGAUGGACAUGUCAUCGACCAUUACAGCUUUAGAAUCAAGUGUAACUGAUUAUAAGACAAAAAAUUGUGAGCUUGAGAAAGAGCUUCAAGAAAUUCAAGACGCUUUGGAAGAGGAAAAACAAUUCCGUGUUCUCCAUGAAGAUGAAUUACCUUCUUUGUUGAAAGAAAAUGAACUGAAACAAAAGACUGUUGAUUUUCUCCAGCAAAAACUAAACGAUUAUGAGAAAGAAAUAUUUUACCUGAAAGAAGAAGCCUCUGAGCACAUUACCAGUAUCGCUCAGAUUAACUCACAGAAUAAGCAACUUUCUUUAGCUUUGGAAGAAGCUCUGGUUAGAAAUGAUGUUCUACAGAAAAGAAUCGAUGUUAUUGUUACCGAAUUGGAAGAUGAGAGAAACAAAUUUCAAUUAGAACAAGUAAAGUUCAAUGAAACAGCUAAUCAACAAUUGAAACUCAUUGACAUGUUACGAAACCAAAAGGAUAAACCAAAGAAGGCAUCAUGGUUUGGUCAUCAUCCAACUAAUAGUCCGGCUAAAGAUUCUUCAAGUUUAAUCAGAGUAACUCAAAUUCGAGAAUUAGAAGGCGCUCUGGAACGUGAGAGAACCAAGAAUAAAACACUAACUCAACAGAUCGAUGAAACUAAACAGGAACUUCGCCGAUAUAAAAACGAAUUCCGAAAAAUGGAUAAAAGAGGUUAUCAUUUACCUCUCCAAGAUGGCAAAGGUGAUGUUCCAAGUAAUUCAUCAAGUUUGGAUCCUAAAAAUACAAAAGAAGUUGCUUUUGAAGUAACACCAUCGAUUAGUUCAUCUACACCUUCAGCUCCUUAUCACAUUGAUGUUGACAAUUUAACUUGUUCUUCAGCCAGUACAAGUACCACUGACAAUAACGAUACUUCUGAGGAAGAGAAAGAGUUUACCUUCAAUGAAUCAAUUGUCUCAGAAUUCAAUGGCCAACGAAAAGCUUCAAGCGUUGGAUGAAAAUAUUAUUUCCUGUUAAUUAUUCUUACGCUUUAAAUGUACAGAAAAACAAGAGAGAGAGAAAAAAUAUUCAAACAACCAUUUUCCCUUAUAUAUAAAUCGCUGUCCCUUUGACGUUAACAUUUUCUAUGUUAA